AUGCCCAGUGGAGGAAGACAUUCUCAUCAGCCCAACGGCUACACUAACGGCUAUACUCGUACUCCCUCGACCAAUGGCAACAUCCAGUACCCUUCCUUCCCAAACGGUCAUGUAAACAACCACCUUCCCUCCAAUGACAAUCGUUUCUAUGGCUACAUCUACGAAUCUACAAAUGACGGCUCUCACGAAGAGGACUACGCCGACGCACGAGAAAUUGUUCGGCCACUCCUCGUUGUACUGUACGGCUUGAGACCUUCCAUCGGCUCUAGGGUCAUCAGGGAUAUCAUCGUUAGAUACACCAUAGCGAUGGGUUUGGGUUACACUGACCCGAACAAUCACCGUCGUACGUUGUUGACUACGGCGGCUGUUCACCUUGAGGGUGUAAACGGGUUUGUCGAUCACGAAGGCGUUGAAGAUCUGAGUGAAGAUGUGUGGAUUCGUGAGCCUAAUAGCGAGUAUCGAACUGGUGAUAGUCGCGGAAACGGAAGAAGCACCAACGACAACAGAAACGGGAUCACAAACACCUUCCACAUCAACGCCGGCAUCGUAACGCCAAACAACACCAGUGCCAAUGGCGUUCCCUUGACAAAUGGUCGAACCCACACCUCCAACACCUACACUCAAACCUCAUCCCCAGAGCGGCUUACUGCAGACCCAAAUGACAUCCGACCGCGUCCCCGCCUCUCCACCCCCGAACUCAACGAAGCGAUUGGAGACUGGGGCUCCGUAUCAUACACUCUCGACGGCCCUAUUCUACGCCUUCGCGCGAUCCGCGCCGAAGGUGGAAUAGAUCAGGAAAUCCCUCUCCGUCCGCAUCCAGAUGCGAACGAUGGUAGACAUGUUGCGACAGGUGCUAGGACGAAUAGAGUCUUCAACGCGCUCUUCUCGGAGCGCAUCCUUAAGCGGAACCACACUCGUCAACUCCGCCGUUGGAAGUACAAACGGCGACACUGUUCCCACUUCCAACCCGCCUACAAACGGUGA